AUGGCAAAAACAACAUUAACAUCUCUGUUCUUAGGAUGUUACAGAGCGAAGAACGCGAGUAGAUACGAAGGAGAGGAUGACGCAAUGAAAAUAAGAACUUGUCCGGCGUUCAAGAGGCUGUCUUUGUCGGACAUAAGUGAUCCAGGCUCACCCAUGUCGGUCAUGGAUGAUCUUUCAAACUCAUUCACAUCUCAAAAGCUUCGUUUGUUCACGUUGUCUGAGCUCAGAAUGAUUACGCAUAAUUUUUCAAGAAGUAACUUGUUGGGAGAAGGAGGGUUUGGUCCGGUUUACAAAGGGUUUAUUGACGAUAAGGUUAAACCGUCUUUAGAAGCCCAGCGAGUUGCGGUUAAGGCACUUGAUCUUCAUGGAAAUAGUGUAGCAAUGUCAUGGGGAAUUAGGAUGAAAAUAGCACUUGGAGCCGCCAAAGGUUUAGCUUUUCUCCAUGAAGCAGAGAAACCAGUCAUCUAUAGAGACUUCAAAACCUCCAAUAUAUUGUUAGACUCCAACUACAACGCCAAAUUAUCUGAUUUCGGUCUAGCCAAAGAUGGACCUGAAGGAGACCACACACAUGUAACAACUCGUGUGAUGGGAACACAAGGUUAUGCUGCGCCCGAAUAUAUUAUGACCGGUCACUUGACGACAAUGAAUGAUGUGUAUAGUUUUGGAGUCGUUUUGUUAGAACUUAUAUCCGGGAAACGGUCAAUGGACAAUACUCGGGCACGAAGGGAACAAAGCCUAGUGGAAUGGGCACGGCCCAUGUUGAGAGACCAACGAAAGCUAGAACGGAUCAUCGAUCCGAGGCUUGAAUGCCAGUACAAAACUGAGGCGGCUCGGGCAGCUUCUGCCCUAGCCUUCAAAUGUCUAAGCCAGAAUCCCAAAUAUAGACCAACAAUGUCGGAGGUGGUAAAAGUCUUGGAAUCUACCCAAGCAGUUGAGACAAGAGAGCGUACUAGUAACACCAAAAACGCAAAGAAAUUUGUGGAUAUAAAAAAGUCUAGGCAUUACCGUAAUCGUGUAAAUAUGGCGUACUCGGAUUCUAUCCUUUACAAGGAAUCCAUGGAUCAACAGAACAAAGUAGUUUAAAUACACCAUUUUCUCAGAUAAUAUAUUACUAGCUGAUUGGCUUGCAAUGUGUGCAUGCUAUAUAACAUUUUAUAAUUAAUAUAGUAUUGAAGAUGUUUUAUUUGUAUAUGAUUAUUUAUGUAUUAAUAAUAAAAUAAUAAAUAUUUA